AUGCAGCUAAAACACUACAUUGCCAGUACGAGAAAACCUACUGCGGAUGGCUUUGUCGCAGAGCACAGUCAAGUGAUCGCUCAAUUUUUUGCAGCAAGCAACAUUACAAGUCCAGAGACACUGUAUAGCUUAUGGAGAAGCCGAUUUCUUCAUGAGUUACGAAAGUUGAGACCAACAGUAUCACUCAGGCCCUGUAAAAUAUGCGAGAACGACUGGGAACAGGUGUACGAAGAAGUUGACGCAGUGCGCACUACCGGCCAAAGGUUUCGUAUCGACGCGUUGCGAACACUCACUUCAAGUAGUUCAUCCGCAGCUGCAACCGUGUCAACGUUACUCCGUGGCACCGAACGCACCGGCUCCAGUCGCUCUGAGUCUUUUUUUCCACCAGCGAGUGGUCAUAGCCACGAUCUCAGAACGUUGAGUGGCGUGCACAGACAUUGCUUCAAGGAACCUCUCCCCUUUUCCAAUAAGGCCGAGGAGCCGCCUGCUGCGCAUAUCAGUGAUAUACGUAUUGAACCGGAUUCUGAAAGCGACGCAGUCAUUAAAAUGUAUAUGAAAUACAGGAUCAAUGGAACUGCACCGAAUGCAGAAGAAAGAGUCGUUUUAAAAGGCAUAAGCAACAAAGGUGACACAGUUUCCCACAAGCUGCUUGGGAUCGCUGCGGGCAAUUUGCUCAAUGACGAAGGCUGGGACAACAAUACGACAUCGAUACAAAGUAUUGUCCUUCUUUAAACUAAUCGAACUGACUCAGCUGCUGCAUCACCGAAUCAUCACAAAUCCUGCACCAAACACUCAAAAAAACGGAAAUUGACGAUCUGCGAAACUUUGAGACAUCUGUCCUACACCUUUGAAGACAACCUUUUGGCUUGAUGCGUUGCGGACCAUACACGCCCCACCUUCGGUUACUUUGGACAAUAUAUGGGAUACUCUUCUUAUGCGUUUUCCUUCAGCCGACAGCUUCUGUGCGCGCAACAUGGCAAAAAUAGGACUAAUAUUCCAAACGACUUGGGCCAUACACUGGCAUUCUGUCUUAGAUCAGACACCUUGGAAUCACACUAUAGCUUUGAACCAUCUUAUCUCCCUAUUAGCGCGAUACACAUUUCUAUCAUCAUCUGUUAAUGUUGACUCCACCAAUAAUAUUAGGGCAUAGAGCCCCUAAUUUAAAUAAACAUCUUUCAUACAAAAAAUA